AUGACCCUACCCAACGGCACAGCCUCCACCUCUGCCCCAGCCACGACCGUCGGAACCAGCGAUGAUCACGCGAGCGGAGCGGGCGCAGGGGCUGGUACGACCUCGACAACGACAACGACAGGGCCGAGUGGCAUUCCUGGCACGCAGGACCUGUGGGGUUCGAUCCUGGAUAGCGUAUCGAGCUCGAGGAACGUGUCGACGAAGAACUGUAUCGUGCUGGGUGAGCCACGAGCAUCGCAGCCAAGGGGGAGGGGGACAGGAGGUCGUCUCCUAAGCCCAGACCAGCGCCGCAGCGAACUAGCUCCUACAAGAUUCGACGGGCGCAGAUCACUGACGUUUCUCACCACUAACAGGCUCUGCAUCGUCGGGCAAGACCACGCUGGUCGACCGAUUGGCUUCAGCAACGGGUCAACCUUCUUCGUCGUCAUCGAGCGAUCCGAGCUCAUCGACCACCAAUCCGACGGGGACAGCGUCGACGACGAACCACCCUUCGCUCGAUGUUGGACUCAGUUACUCGGUCUUGGAUGUCCGAGAUGAGGCGGACGAAGGUGCGUACAGAACUACACCGGUCCUCCUCGUAGUGACCUCAAACUGAAUGGCCGAACACGUUUCUCCGAACAGACACCGUCGCUAGGAUGGGCAUUUACCAACUACCAUCGCACCAACCACCUUAUCCGUCGUUGUUGUCCUUGGCGUUGUCAAGAUCGACGCUCUUGGACUCGCUCGUCGUCGUCGUGCUCGAUUGGGAGAGCCCGCACAGGUUUCUCCGAGAACUCGGAGCGUGGAUUCAGGUCUUGACGCGAGUCGCCGAGCAGGCUGCAGCGAAGGAUACCUGGGAAGCAGUGACGGCCAAGGAGAGAGGUAACUGGUGCGAGGACACUACAUCUCUUGAUAAUAUAGCUAAUCUCAUCAAGAACCCGCAGUGGAAGCGCAUGUGCGCAACUAUCACGAACCGACCCCAUCCACUACCGCUGCGACCACUUCGGCUUCGGCAAACACCUCGACAACAGCACAGGUACCGGACCAUGACUCGCCACUGCCGGCUGGUGUACUCGAUCAACCUUUAGGUCUUCCUUUGGUGAUCGUCUGCACCAAGUCGGAUCAGAUCGACACGCUCGAGCGGGAGAUGGAGUUCAAGGAGGAGCAGUGCGACUUUGUGCAACAGGCACUGAGAACGGUCUGCCUCAAGUACGGCGCCGCGUUAUUCUUCACUUCUCACUCGAGACCCAUGACCUUUGCCCGACUGAGAUCCUACAUCUUACAUCGACUGUUUUCGCCCCCUCCCACGACGGCCUCGGCGCCCACAACGCUGGGGAAUCAGGCCGAUGAAGUUGGUUCGGUACCGACUUUGACAUUACCGCUCAACGCCGUCGGCUCGGCAUUGAAGGCGUUCCCAUUCAAUCACCGCGCCAACGUCGUCGAUCGGGAAGAGGUGCUCGUUCCCAGCGGUUGGGAUAGUUGGGGCAAGAUCAGGGUCUUGAGGGAUCGAUUCGAUCCGGAAGGGUUCUCUCGGGCUUGGGAUGAGGACGUUAGGACUGGGCUUGGGGAGGGGUCGACUAGGGGUGGGGCCGUGGCGAUGUAUGAGGAUAUGGUCGUUGAUGUCGAUGAGGAUAGUCAGGUGAGUAAAGCAGUCGGAGCUGACUAGGGUGAGUUAGUCUUACUGACUUUUCUCUUUUAAAAAUGCACAACCUCUCAGCCGACACGGGUAGUGACGAACCACGUCGAGGCGAUGGACGAGCAAGACUUUUUGAAACCGCAUUACGAAACCCUACAAGCCGAUCGCGUCAAAGAUCCUCGAGCUGCGUUCACUGCACGGCCCGGUGAUAGUGGAGCAAUGAAUGGGAUGUCGAACGAAGGAGGCUUUGGAGGCUCGGUCGUCGGGCCCAUGUCGAGUGCGGUGUUGAGUUUGCCGAGCGUGGAGAGGGCGCUUGGGGGUGGUGGGGGUGGGGGAGAAGGUUUGGGCUCUGACGGCGAUAACGUGUCGGCUAGAUUGGCCAAGAUGGUACAGAAGGUAAGCACACACUCCAAUCGAGGUUGCCGAUGGUCAAUGACUGGGCCUUGAUCGUCUAACACCAUUGUUUUUGUAUCUUAUCCAGGACUCGGGACAAGGCAGCGCCGAAGCGCGUGGCUCGGCCCUACCAGCUUCCGGAAUGACCUCACCAGCUUCCCUCGGCAACGCAGGCGCAUCUUCCUUGCCUUCUGGAACUGGAGCGACGGCAGGAGGACAGAACGAGGUUUUAGCCAACUUUUUCCAAAGUCUCUUGGCGGCGAGGAGUUCGACGACGCCGAGUGGGGGAACGACGGGAUCGGCGAACAAUUCGAGUCCGAGUCAUGGCUCUUUAGGGGCGAGUACGAGGGGUGGAGCAUAA